AUGGAUGACAACAGCACUAAGCCAAAGAUGCAACGCAAUAGUGACGUUGUCAAUUUCCAACAGGAGAGCUUAAAUUAUAACCAAUUGCUGCCAUAUUAUGAAGAAAUCGAAGCAAAUAGCCAGCAAUUAUUCCAAAAAAUCAAACAUAAUUUAGCCUUGGCUGUUGAGAAUGGUGAAUUAAGACCUGGAGCAAUGCAUUGGUCCAUUCAAUUAGAUAACUACAUCCAUGCUUAUGGCCGACGCUUUAGUAAGGAUGACCAUAUCAAACUCGUCCAAUUACUCUACAAAUUAUUAACAAUUCCUGAUCUGCCUCCUUUGCUUGUACAACAAUUUGGAUGUGUGCUCAUUUCCUUGUUAAGCAAAAAGAAAUUAUUAUCUAGGGAUGAUUUACAGCUAGAAUGGAAGCCUCUAUAUCGUUUAUAUCAUGAAGUCUAUUAUACCAAUUAUGAAAAUAAUACCAUACGACUCAAAAAGAUCAAAUCUUGUUGCAAACCGGUAAUAUUUAGAUUAAUGCUGGCAACAAGAACCUAUUUUACUGCGUCUGCAACCGAAGAAAUGCUACAGGAGUGGAGACCAAUGAUGUAUCCGUUCGAUACAUCAAUAAUGCUGAAAGCUACUAGUUACUUUUGUAGCUUUUUACCGACAGCUUUACUCCCUCAUGAGCACAACCAAGGCUUUAAGUUGUGGUUUGAUGAAUUAAUGAAUUUAUAUAUAAGCUGUUUAAAUUCUCCAUCUUGGGAAGCGAAUCUGGUGUACUUAUUUGUUCGAUUAGCGAAAGAAAAUAUUGGAUAUGUGCAUUGGGAGCCAUACUUAGCAAAGAUAUUUCAACGAAUCCUUAAUAGUUUCAAUCUUCCUGUGGGUAAGCGUCAAGUCCCACGAUCUAAAAAUGCUAUGUAUAAAGCAAAUUUAUGCGCUGAAUGGAUUAUUAACAUGAUGGGUGACAAAGAAUCCAAGGUCCAAUUUUAUCUUAAUCAACUGUUACGAGCGAUUGAAAAUUUUUGUCACCCUUCAAAUGUUGGCGCUUGGGUGGGGAAAAUUCAAAAUUUUCUCGGUAGCUUGACAUCAGCGUUCAUCUACCGCCUACGAUUGGAACGAAAACCGAAAAAGACUUGGGUACCCAAAAUUCCAAAAGAAUACCAUAUAACUGACGAUGAUAUUACUACUUUUGUUGAGAACAUUAGACCAAUAGCGAUGUUACUUUUAUUUACUAAACACUUGAGCGAUGAAGUUGCUCUGAUAAUCCAGAAUUUAUCCAUUUUAAGACCUGAAAUUAUGCUGCCGCCUCUUUUAGAUCGGACGUUUGCUAGUUUAACUACGCUGACUGAACCACACCAAGUGAUUGCAACCAUGACGACAUUAAUAUUCUACAUGGCCGCCUUUGGUUUGAUUCCUAUUGUGGAUUGUUCUAUGUUGGCUAGUGAAGAGGCUCUUACAGAGGAAGAAAAGGAGCUGUGCUCGUUAACAGCUAGAUUUGAAGAUAUUUUGAUCCAGUUCAUAGACAGGUGUUUCGAGAUGAUUGAAAAUAGCUCAAACGUCGAAAGUUUAAAGUCGUACAAUACUAUUGAUGGUGAAUCCUCAUUUAAUAAUGAAGACAGGCAAUUUGCUGAAGGUUUUUAUAGGGUAUUCAUGACAAUAUUAAGUCAGUCCUCAAGAACUUUGGCUAUGGUAGUUAUUAAGAAGUUAUUUGGAUUUGUCAGAGGCCAUAUUCUUGGUGAUACCAUAGCUGGUCAUAUAUGUUGUGCAAUUGUUUCAGCUGCUGCUAAUGCACAACCUGAAAUGACUUUAAAACUUUUUCUACCGUAUCACUCAAGAAAUAUUCUUGAAAUUAUAGAAACUGACGAUUUUGUAGAUGAAGAGCAAGUGGAGAGUGGACUUAUCUGGUAUUUACUGGUUUUUAGUAAAUUAAUGACAGCUGAUGGCCGAUAUAUCAUUCAAUAUAAGGAUCAUAUUUAUAAAGUUAUCUCUAUGUCAAUACACUUGAAAUCUAAGACGGCAUCAAAUUUUACAUGUCAGGGUUUUAGUUCCUUAUUGGAAUCUUUAACCGCUGUAUAUCCCGGUGAUAGAUCUAUGGCUAAUGAUUCUCCUUCACAAUAUAACUAUCUUAAAGAUUGGGCAAAAUGUUAUGAUCGUCGAGAUGUAGUGAUUGAUUGGCACAAACCGUCAGAAGCUGAAAUGGAAUUUGCUCAUGAUCUCAUGCAUGAUUUCUUAAUUCAAGAAACCAACAAGAUGCAAGAUUUAACAACUGGCCCUAUUAAUAUGAAGAGGGAAGAAAUUCACCAGUGUCUUCAUAUAAUUUAUUGUAUCCUCACUGGUGCUGGAGAAGCUUUACCGCCUUGGGACAAACCAUAUCUAUCUCCAUUGUUGGUUUAUACAACGCUUAUUAACCUAAAAUUCUUACGAAAUAUAUAUACUUUGUAUUUUGUUGGUUACUUUUUGGAUCAUGUAACGGAUGAUACAAAGUCAUUUAAUCUGAUGCUAUCGAUUUACGAUCAAGUCUUAUUUAAUUAUGGAGGACAAAAUGACCACUUACAGGAGAGAGAAUUCUUGGCCAAUUGGUGGAAGCGCCUAAUAAGUAAUAAGAAAAGAAGAAAUCAUAUCUAUCCUUGCAGGAUGACAGAACUCCAUCAAAUGAUGAUUAGCGAUGUUUUAAAGUUAUCCGUUUGCGACUAUUGCGAGGGUGCCCUGUUUGUUCUAACGGAUGCCGAUACAUGUAAAUUUGUGUGUCACCAAUGGGAGAACAUGCAGCAGAUUUGGCCUGCAUUAGUUAAGGCUGAUCAUUCCGAAAAAUCGUCUAUCCUAAUAUUAAUUAAUAAAGUUUAUCAGCAAAUGUGUCGAGAAUAUGCAACCUUAGCUUUAAAAUAUGAGGUUCCGGUAGAAUGUAGGGAAGCAGCACGAGCUUUAACAGGAACUGUUAGCGUGAGUAAUAAAGAUGGUGACUUAUUUUUGGAAGAAAUGAAUAACUGUAAUCGCAGGCAAUACAUGGAAUUAGUCAACCUUCUCCUAGAUUUAUGUGAAACAGGGGACAAUAAUAUGCUCGUUUUCCCAUUAGAAAAUAAUAGAUUUGACGUUAAAGACUGGAAAAGUAAUACGCUUAUCGAUAAACCAUACAUAGGAUAUAAUAACGUAUGGCCUAGGUCAAUACUAACUCAUGCCGCAUUAGAACAGCAACCGAAAGUUGAUAGGGGUAUCCAGGAGAUGACUGAGCAUGAAGCAGCAAUGUAUGCGGUACUCAACAGUCAUGAAUUUAUCGAGUCACUGAUCAAGCUUUAUUCGCUAGAAAUUUCAAAAGAUGAAGCCUUUAAUAUGCAUAAUUAUGCUAUGUUUAAGGGUAUAUUUCGCAAUUUCGGGGAUUCAUUACUACCGCUGUUUGAGCGACACGUUGAAAAUCUUUUCGCAGAUACUGAGCAUAGCAGUAGUCAAAAAUGUGCACUAGAGAUCGUUGCUGGAUUGGUUCGUGGCUCUAAGCAUUGGGGUAGCGAAAAAAAAAAUCGAGAUCCGAAACGACUACGCAGUCUGUUUUCUCUAUUAUUUAACGAAAAUAUAUUUGCUGGCGAGCAAGCAUCCUUCCUUGAUGCUAGUGCAUUAUCCUUGAUUCGUAUUUUCGUCUCCGACAUGGAAUGGAAAGGCUAUGAGGUGCAAAAUUUAGCUCUUAAGUUAGUAAGUCCCUGGCUUGAUCACCAAUACAAAGAUGUUCGUUCAUCGCUUGGCAGCCUUUUGCGGGAUAUUUUCAAAUUUGAUGUGGCUAUCUCAAAGAACUACGUCAGUAAAGGUCCUACCGCGACAAAAUUUAUCGAAAGCCUACUUCCGUCGCUAUCGAAAUUAUUUACUGAAGACAAGCGGAGCGACGGCAAUGUAGAACUUGUCGACCCUGAAGAAAAGCAAGCGACAUUAAGACUAAGCGAAACCUUAUUAGAAUGGUUAAUAUCUUGCAACCGUCAAAACAGCAGAACGCCGCAGCCGUAUUCAAUUGCCACGUACAAGCUAUUACCACUGUUAAUCGGAUUGGAAAAUCAAGAAGAUGAUAAAGAUCUGCAAAUAUUGUGUAAACUGGCUUUCGGAUAUUUAGCUCAAGCACAGCUAUCGGAUGCUGCGGUUGAUUCUGUUAUGCUUGCUUUAACACAAGUAGUACAAUCUAACUCAUGGCAUCACCGUUAUAGUAUGUUGUUAUUUAUUCAGGUUAUGACGUUUAGAAAUCUCUUUCUAUUAUUUGAGCAUACCACAGCGACCAGCACUAUUGAAGACAUUUUACUUAAGUUGAUAUUUGAUGAGCAAAUUGAGAAUAUGCGUAGAGUAUUCUCACAUGAAUUUAAGCUUCAAUCUUUUAUUUUUGGCUUUACAAUAUUAGUUAAGAAAGUGAUUAGCCGGCGCCAUUCUGCAAUAUUGGGUCUCGCUGCAUGUAUACAAGCCUUUCCAUAUGAUGUUCCUCCUUGGUUACCGGAGAUCUUAAUAUUUAUCGGCGACCGAUUAAAUGAUCCUCCUCCAAUUAAGACUACUGUUAAAUCCGUCGUUUCUGAAUUCAAGCGUACUCAUUUGGAUAAUUGGGAAGAGCAUAAACAAUAUUUUACAGUCGACCAGCUGAGCGCUCUAAGUGAUUUCUUAAUAUCUCCUAGCUAUUACGCUUAA